ACACAAAGAGCAUCGCUUCGCAUCAGCUGUUAAAGAAAAAAAAAUAACGGGACAUCGGCGAUAGAGAUUGGUCACACCGACGGCCACAUCAAAUCUGGGGGUCUAGCGUGUGACCCUGUUAUUUCUAUACUGCAAUAAAGUAGCUGUGUAAUAUUAGAUAAGUUGUGUAUCGUUGUUAUAUUAAUAUACGAAAAUUUUAGUGUAAUAUAUGUGCAAAAUAUGGAACGUGCGACUGGAACAGAAGUGUACGGGUGUGGCUCGCCCCAUUCUACAGACAUCACGCUAAAUAUACAGACUACAACUGGUGGUAAUUUCUCCGUCAGCUUGAACGGUAAAAAUACAGUGGAGCACCUUAAAAAGUUGGUUUCCAAGAAGUUAAAAGUGUCAAAGGACCGAAUAUGUCUUCUGCAUCGCGAAAGACAACUCCAGGACGGCACUCUGGACGAGAACGGCUUGCUGGACGGCUCGCGCGUCAUCCUACUGCCCAGCGUAGAGACAGGCCUGCUGAGUCAGAGGCCUGAAAACUCUGUGAUGCAAGCUUUAGAAUCACUUAAUGACACACAAGUAAAUGACUUUUUAAGUGGUAAAUCACCAUUAAAUCUGACAAUGAGACUUGGUGAUCACAUGAUGCUGAUACAGCUGCAGUUGUCCACACUGAACUCUUCAGGCAGUUCCAAAUCCCUAAGGACAUCAACACCUGCAAAAGCAUCUAGCUCAACAAGUACAAAAUGUGAUCAUACAGAAUCUUCAAGUUCUCAGAGCACUUCUCAGAAAACUUCAAAGAAUGAGGAGACACCAGAUAGUGAUAAAGUUAAACAUGAAACAACUACUCCAAUAUUACAGAAACAAGAUUUGGAAAUGUUACAAAAUGCUUUCCAGUUGUAUCGUACAAUGGCUGAAGAAAAAUAUGCAAAUAAAACUGAAACAGACAAAGAAGAUGUUGAUGCUUCUAAUUGUACAAUGUCAGAUCUAUCAGAUACAUCUUUAGAAAAUGAACAGUCACCUAUUAAGUCUCUUUCUAAUUUAGUGUCUAGUCCUAUGGAUGCAUCAGUUUCUGAGAGUAGGGAAACAACUAUUGCAAAUUCAGUUAAGAGUAGUUUAAUAGAUCUUUUAUCAAAUAAACUUCCUAAUGAUGUGACACCAUCAACAAGUGCUGUGUGUGACAAAACAUACUCCUCCACGGCAUCCCUUACACCAGAGAGCUCACUCAGUGAUGACAGCGACAAUUUCACAGACCAAAGUUCAUUUCUAGCAGAAAGCACCAUAGACGAAUAUCCAAUGGAGAAUUUAUUUAACAGUGCAAUAGACAAAGGCUUGUUUGAGGAACAAGAUGAAUCUAUGAUGGACAGGGAGAUUUCAAAUUUGGCUACAACCAGUCAUGGAAGUCAAGAGUCUCCAAAUGGGUCUUUACCUUCUUUCCAAAGCUUAAAUGAGCCUUUAAAAAAUAAACGCUUCCAAUAUCUUCUACAUAAAACAUCAAAGUUUAAGCGUCCCAUUGGACAGAACAAACAGAAAGCAUUUAUGCAAUCUGUGGUUAACAAGCACAAAAAACGGAUGCAAAUGCGACAAGAAACUCAACCACAACCAUCUACCUCCAGAACUGAGCCUUAUGUAGGAAGUGUCAAGAAACCUUUACCUUUAAGUACCGUCAUUGCCGAGGACAAUGCUGUACCGUCUACAUCAAAAGCCUCUUUCAAGGCUCCGGAUGCACCUAAAAAGGCACAAAGAGCCUCUCCCACUCCACCAGUUGACACAAAGGCUCUUAUAGAGGCUUCAAAGAACCUAACACAGAAACUGAAAAGGUUAUCAAAAGAGGUUUUGACAAAUAAGCUUGAUCUCAGAAUGGCGGAGGAGACAGUGCGCUCCAAGAUUGGUCCCGGUGCUGUGAUUGAGUCAAUGAAACAUCAUGGUAAAGGAAUAUAUUCGGGAACAUUCUCAGGAACACUCAACCCUGCUUUGCAAGACAGAUAUGGUCGUCCGAAGAGAGAUAUAUCAACGAUUAUUCAUAUACUGAAUGAUUUACUGUGCGCCUCGCCGCCUAUAUCCACUCUUGCGCAGAAAGAGUCAAAACACAUCUGUUCACUGGGUGUGCCGGAGGAGAGCGGCAAGUGCGGCUGCAGCGGCGCGUGCUCGCUGGGCCAGUGCGAGGGGCACGCGGCCAAACCGUGCGCGUGCCCCCAGGCGUGCCAGUGUCCCCGGCGCGAUCCCGCGUGCCCCACGUGCGCCACCGCCUCGCCGCCCGGACAGAUGUGCAAGAAGUGUGACACCGCAAAGACACUCGCUAUGGAAAACUCAAAGACUAAGUGUAAACUGGAGCAGCUGCGGCUGGUGAUGCAGCAGAAGAAGCAGCGGCGUGAGGCGAGGAAGCUGAAGACGCUGCCGUACGCGGGCGCGCCCCCCAAGGCGCUAGGCUCACCCGACGCCGCGCCCCCCGGACCCCCCGCGCCACCCGUGCCCGAGGAGAUCGAGACCGUCGCCUAGCUCGCACCCCCUGCACCCUCCGCCCUUACACCAUGUGACGUCACUUUGUCCAAUCGUUCAGCUAUGCCGUGCUCUAUAGAUCGCUAAAUUUCAGUUACCUUUAUGUUUUGCUUCAAUCUACUAAAUCUAUAAUACGUCAGGUCUUUUAUCUCACAUAUUUUACAAUGAUUAUAUUUAAAACAGUUCAACUAACAUACAUACAAACAUUAAACAUACAUCUUUCCGUAACAGUAUCCUAAAUUCACCUGUGAACCCAUAAUAAACUAUUGACCUAUUUAGAACAUAAAGUAUACUGAUAAAAUUUAACUGCUGCCUAAAAGUUACCAAUAGUAUAAACGCAUGGUAUCAGUGGAUAAAGAAAUAUUUUUAGUAUUAUAAUUUAGUAUAACAAGUUGGCGUUGCGUGUGACGAAACAUUCUGUGGUGGAUGUAAUUCGUAUUCAAAAUUAGUACGGCUUGUGUUGAGUUCGGCAGACAGAGUUAAGAAUCUAGCGGCACUAUAAUCUGCAUGUACAAAUAAAAAUAUAUUAGCGAAAUCCUUAGAUAUUAGUUUAAUUGUAACUUGCAGUCGGUCAUCUGAUGUCGGUUGCCCGGUGUGGCUGAGUUUUGUUGUUAUUUUUUAGAUUAUAUUUAAUUAUAUUAAUUCAGUCAACAUUUUUUUUAUAAUCUAUGUAUCAAUAUUCUUAUCUCCGUUGAAUAUUUGGAAUGUAAUUCUCAUCGGGUUCACUUUCUAAAGUUCUACAAAAUUGACAGAUUAAAAAAAUGUAACAUAGAGUAUAAAACUGGUUUGCAAUUUGACCAUUAGCCUCGUGCUCGUGUUUAUUAUUAGUGAUUAAUUGGCACUGUUAUUCUUAGUUAUUUUGUCUUGUUUUUUUCUUCUUUUCUUUUUGAAUUUGUUAUUUAAAAUAAAUGUUUUCCUAACUUUACACGAUUUAUCAAGUCUUUUAUUGUUUUGAUAGAAAAUAGAUUGACACCAUGAUUUUUAUAUAUUAUCAUUUGGAUGUAUUAUUGUGUGUAGGCAGAUACAAAAUAAAAGUAUAUAAUCUAUAUAAAAGUUUUCAAGGGGGUGGAAAUCUUGAAUAAUAUUUUAUAAGAUUUAUGUACUAAAUAAUCGAAUUAGAAAUAUUGACGAGAGGUUAUGACAACGGCCUGUGCCAACUUAUUCGAUGGCUCUUUUUGGCUUCUAGAUUAACGCAUGAUCGAAUCAAAGUUCCUCCAUAAAUUUUUUCACAGUAAGCGUUGUAGAGUUUACUUUUCAGUUUUUCAAAUGUUACCAACUCUCCAAAAUUAAUAGAUCCGUGAACAUAUUUGCCUUAUAUUCAAAGUAAUAUCUAUAUUUAAAAUAUUUACUCAUUUAUUUCUAUGUACUACUUGAUUUAGCUUACACAUAAAUAAUCUGUAAAUAGUGAUGUGAAAUAGAGUUAUAAAGAUAAAAAGCUGACAAUCUCUCGCUUAUCAGAAUUAGAAAUCAUAAAAAGGACCUAUUUUUAUAGAAAUAAAAUUAAAGUCAAAAAUAUGUUUAAAAUAUGCCGAAGCCUUCAUAUUUAACCUUCCUUGAUGCUUUAAAUUACUGCCAACUCAAAAAAAACAAUAAAUUUAUGUCGAGGAUUCUUAUUGCUUUAGAUAUUUGAAUGCAAUGUCUUCCUAAUUAUAGUUUAAAAUUAAUUUGCAUCGUUUAUGUAUUCCAUGUUGGUAAGGGACCAAAUAACAAGUGGCCGGUCGUAGGAUUUCUAUAAAACGUAGCAAUAAAGUUACAGUCUACGGACGUGCAAGAAGUGCCUAUCGAUGUUUUAAAAUUAAAUGUUAGUAUUGUGCCAUGUCUGUCCUUUGGUCUGUGGCGCGUUUUUUUUUUGUUUAUAUUGUUAGAUCUCUUACCAAUUUGGCUCAUAUCUAUUUAACUUGUAUAUCUCUUUCUAAGUUUUGUUUUGAUAAUUAUUCGAAACGAUCACUGGCCGAUAAUAUAACUGCAUAUUGUUUACUGUAAAUACAUUUGUUACCAUUAGACGUGAAACAUUUUUGUUAUAAGGGCCAAAUAUUCAAAAAAAUCGAUGCUAACAGAUAUGAGAAACGGGGAAAAAAUUGUUUUUGUCCUUGUAUUUGCAUGUAUAGCGAGGAGAAUAAAGUUAUAAUAUAAAAACUA